UCCACCUCCGUCCCCCGCUGCAUGCACAUCAUACCAUAUCAUAAACCAGCUCCCAUUACUGCCAGCGAGCUAACAACAUACCCUUCAAAAAACAGCAUUUAAUAAACUGCAGAGGUUUGGUGUUAAAAAUGCCAAUAAGCGAACCAGGACUAAAUGUGUCAUUUUCUUUUUUUGGUCCGGACCAAGAGAACCAAGAGAACCGAACUACAAGUGUGAACACACCCUAUAAUGGCUGCAGGAAUGGAAGUCCCCCCAGUUAAAAGAUCACCUUUUUGACAGAGACAUCAUCAGUUGCACAUGCACAUUAGCUGGACCAGCCUAAAAAAUAGCAUGUUUUUUUUUUUUUUUUGCAUGAUCUGAGCUAAAGAAGCCCACUUGAAAGGCCAAAACGACAGAGGCUGAAAACACUUUUCCCAGGAAAUUUUGGGAAUUUCAGUGGAAAUUAAUCAAAUCUUAAAAGGUCAUUGAAAAAUCAUGAAACUUUUUAGGGUGUUGAUGGAGGGGCUACUGGGAGGUGUUUGGGAAGUACACUAUGUUUCCGUGUGUCUCCACCUGGCCCUCUUCUGAUCCCCCUGCCGCUCUCAGCCAUGCUCCGCCCAUUCCCUCGAUACAGCCUCCCAAUCAGCCUCUGCCUGACCUGCUACGGAGCUGUGCCGUGCUCCCUUCCCCAGCCACGCGCUUAAGCCCUUGCUCCAAUAAGAUGGAAUCCAUGAUUGUGGUGACGGAGUACGAGCCCAGUGGUGGCUCUGGACAGGAGAGCGGAGAGGAGGAGGAGGUUGAGGACAUGGACAGCUCAGAAACGCCGGAGCCGAGGUCAUCAGUUCCGGUACCGCCCUUCCGUAUGGCAUCUUGUGAUCUUUUAUCCCACACCGUGGGACGUCCAGAAGCGCUCUUCCCAGAACCGCAGGAGCACAGGGGAAGGCUCAGCCUCUCCGACCGGAAGCUCUCCCUACAGGAACGCUCGCAGACGCUUUCGUCACCCUGUGGUUCGCCGGGGCUGAACGGACGCUAUAUUUACCCGUCAUUACCGUACUCGCCGAUUACCUCCCCUCACUCGUCUCCACGACUCCCUCGAAGACCCACCGUGGAGUCUCAUCGGGUCUCCAUCACAGACCUGCAGGACUGCGUGCAGCUCAACCAGUACAAGCUGAAAGAUGAGAUCGGAAAGGGUUCCUAUGGAGUUGUCAAGCUGGCGUACAAUGAAGACGACAACACAUACUAUGCCAUGAAAGUGCUGUCCAAGAAGCGACUGAUGAGGCAGGCUGGGUUCCCACGCAGACCUCCUCCUCGUGGGGCAAAAUUGGCCCCUGAGGGCCCCCCUCAGCCCAAAGGGCCUCUGGAGCAUGUUUACCAGGAGAUAGCCAUCCUCAAGAAGCUCGAUCACCCUAAUGUGGUCAAGCUUGUGGAGGUGCUGGAUGAUCCUAGUGAGGACCAUCUGUACAUGGUAUUCGAGCUUGUUAAACAAGGAGCAGUGAUGGAAGUUCCUACUGAUAAGCCCCUGGAUGAGAACCAAGCACGCUUCUACUUCCAGGACUUGCUGAGAGGAAUCGAAUAUUUACAUUACCAGAGAAUCAUUCAUCGGGACAUUAAGCCUUCCAACCUGCUCGUGGGAGAAGACGGCCACAUUAAGAUUGCUGACUUUGGGGUCAGUAACCAGUUUGAGGGAGCGGAUGCCCUCCUGACCAGUACAGUGGGGACGCCAGCGUUUCUUGCCCCAGAGACCCUCUCAGAGACUCGGAAGAACUUCUCUGGCAAGGCUCUGGAUGUGUGGGCAAUGGGAGUCACCUUGUACUGUUUCAUUUUCGGAGUGUGUCCGUUUAUGGAUGAGCGUAUUUUGAGUCUUCAUCAAAAGAUCAAGACACAGCCAGUGGAGCUUCCAGAGAAUGCGGACAUAUCAGAUGACUUGAAGGACCUUCUUUUUAAAAUGUUGGACAAGAACCCUGAAUCCAGAAUUACCGUGCCACAAAUCAAGGUGCACCCAUGGGUGACACGGCACGGAGCUGAGCCCCUCCCUCCUGAGGACGAUAAUUGCUGUAGCCUGAUCGAAGUGACUGAAGAGGAGGUGGAAAACUCAGUCAAGCACAUCCCCAGCCUUGCCACAGUGAUCUUGGUAAGGACUAUGUUGCGGAAGCGUUCUUUUGGAAACCCGUUUGAUUGGGGCCGCAGGGAAGACAGGAGUCCCGCCACACCACGACACGUCCUUUCAAAAGGGAGAGCAGGGAGUUUGAAAUACUGCCACAAUCACAGUACCCAAAGGAAAAAAUGCUGUCAGAUUUGGAAACAAGAGAGCGAGGAAGGCAUGCGGAGCAUGGACCUGCCCUUCGUGGGCGAGGAUGAAGUUCUUUCCUGAUUCUUGUUGUGGGUGUCUUGCUCGCAAUUCUGCGAUGGCGAGUGGUUGUCGCCCGGGAAAUGCACCAGGAUGGGGCUUGGUAUGGCUUCCGGAAGGCCAGGAUAUGGACCUGGGGUUGGGGCAUGGACACAAUGAAGAAGCCUUGCUUUUUUCUGGGUUGUUGAUGUGAUGGGUGCCCACCCACUCCAUGCAUGCAUUUGUACAGUCCACAGCAGCAUGCACUGUAUCUGUCCGCCCAGGUCUCUGCUGUCUCUCAGGACCUGUUUUUUGUGUGUAUGUUUGUGUGUAUGUGAGUGUGUUUCUACUUCUCUCCUGCAUGGAGACUCUGCUUUACUUCUCUACUUCAGCUAGGGGGUGCCACUGCAGUGGACCGAAGGCCAAACAGACAAUAACGUACAUUUUUAAAAGAUUUCUUAGAUUUAUCCUUCACUCAUUAAUAAGAGAGACUGGCUACUUAAUAGCGGUUUCCACAGACACUUCCAGGUUUCCAUAUUGAUUUGAAAAGUAAUAAAAAUGUUGAUUGUAAAAUCUUUCAAAUAUUAAAGCAGUCAGACCUUUAUCAAUAUUGCUCUACAAAGCAAAACGCACUAACUACGGCAACACUGAAACCUAGAAAAAUGGCUGCAAAGUUUUUCGAUUGUCCAGCCAAAUGUGGAUUUUAAAAUAGUCUCACUCUGUUUUUUCUGAAUCUGAAUCAUUUUGAACCUUAGUGUGGGCAACUGGUUGUUUCUUUACCGGGAUGGGGGUGUGAGAAGUUUCCAGGGCGGGGCACAAGGAGACCCGGUCAUGCUAAGACACUAGAUUUCGAUAUAACUUUUUUUGACAGAAUGUGUAGUGUGUAUUGUGUUCUGUAUUUUGCUUUUGCAGUGCAUGAUAAUUAAUUUUAAGGUUUGUUAAAAAAAAUAAUUACAUAUAUAAAAUAGGUCAAACUUGCAAUUAGGAAAUGUCAUAUAUAGUAAAGGGACAAUUCAGGAUGAAAUAUUUGUAUGAGAGUGUGUUUCUAUAUCAAAUCACAGAGCUUUGUGUUUGUUUUCUAAUGUCUGCGCUGUAGAUAGUGGACAGGACCAAACCUCGAAACUAUCUAAAGUUGUUGUUUUUUUUAAAAAACUGCACAGCCCAAAUCCAAGAGAAAUGGGAAUUAUGGUCAUAACAUGUUUUCAUAUUUUUGAAUAGUAGGUUAAUAAAGGCACAACUAACCUUUAGGGAAUGCCAAAAAAAGGCAUUGUGUCAGUUUAUCUCCUUGUAUGUAACGUGACCCUUUUAAUCAUGAAAGUGACUGUCUUUUACUGUAAUUUCACUUCCUCUCCUUGUAGAAUAACCAGAGUGCCAUGUAGUAGUGCAUUUCAAACUUGGUCAUGAGCAGAGUGAAUUAGUUAUUAGCAUUUAUUAACAUUUCUAUAUCAGAUGCAUACUCUUAAGUUAUUGAGGGAAUACAAUUACUUAAUGCAAUCUAUGCAUGACUUUUCACUUAAGGAAUCAAUGUUUGUUAAUCAAUCUGUUUUGACACAAAUGUAUGCCUUACGUUUUCAUACUCAUAACUGUAGCAUAGAUCAUCAGUACAUGUGUAGAGUUUUUCAGUACGAUAGAAUUGGAGAUAAAGUAGAAUUGGAGAUGAAUUUAGAUAAGCUGCUCUAGACAGUGUAGAAAUUAAGGUAGUAACUUGCUUAAUCUCAGUUUUAAAGUUAGCAAAAAUAGUCCAAAGCCCUGUUGAGAUUUUCUCAAUGUGCACUACAUUCAUGUAACUUGUUUUUUCUAGAAUUGUUUGUUUGCUGUAACUGUACUUCAAAAAAAAAAAAAAAAAAAGCAAAAAAAAAAAAAAUGAGUGAUGGUGCUUUUCCACCACAGGAUUCUCUUUUUGACACAUGAAAUUUAUAAUGUAGAUGCUUCCAUGUAUCAAGGGAGUGAGUCCUUCUGCACAAGUAGGUUGAAUGUAUGUUGAUGGUUUACUGUGUAACUACAGUCAAGUCUUUCCUUUUGUUUUUAUCCACUGCUUUCUUUUUUCUGCAUGUUAAGCUCCUAUGUAUUUUACAGUAAAUUUGUGUGCUUUGUUUCUUUUUUUAGUUUUAUUUACAUUUUUUGUGUGGGUACUAUUACUAUGCAUAAGAAAUCUACCUUUGUGGUGCAGUUCUGGACUGUGUCAGUCAGUAGGUCCAUUGUGUUUGUUCUAUUGGAUGUUGAUGAUUGAAAAUCAAAGGAAUUGACUUAAAUAAGCAUGAUAACCUGAAGUUGGUUACACAAUAUCAGUAUAUGUAAGUGGAGAUUUUAACGAUUUGCUGAGAAGAUUUCGAUGACUUUUAACUAAUAUAUUAAGGGGAAGCACCAUUCCCCCUUUUGAGUAAAUAUUUAUUGAGAUUAAUUGAAAAUAUGAAAAUAUAUGGAGAUUUAUCUUUGCACAAUAUGGAGCAAAAUGUAAAUGACAGUGUUUCCAUGUAAAGCAUGUUUAUUGAAACCUUUAUAUGAAGGAUGAGGCCUCAUGACCAUGUCUUCUUCUUUUGUUAACAAAUCAUAACGAAGAACAAAGUUCACCUGCUGAAAACAAAGCAAGCAUUUUUCUGUUUUCCAUGCAACGACUUUCUCAAGGACUGACCUUACAUGCAUUGAAUAGAUUGACUGCUGAGGUGUAUAGUGAAGGGAAUGCUGUACUGUAUAUUUAUAACCUCUAAAUAUCUUUCUCCACUGUAUCUGCCCAGUUAUUCUUGAAGGGCUAGGAUAAAUGUUUGCGUCCAGAUCACACAAACUAUUGCGUUUUGAGCACUGUUGAGAGGGCUGUGUACAGAGAUGUUAUGUAGAUGCAUGCCAUCACUGUCACUUGAUCUCACGCAGCACGUUUGUUUCUUAAGCAUGUUUGAGCUCUUUACAGCAUCCUCUGAUCCCAUUGCUGAGCAUUCUAUAUAUUGUAUCCAGUUGAUUAUUUGAAUAAAUUAAAGCUGCAUUUAA